CUCAUUAGGAGUAUGCCACGUCGGAUCAAUGCUUGUUUGGCAAACAGAGGAGGAUUUACCCGUUACUGACUUGGUUGUGAUGCUGUGGUAACUUUGCUGUUUGACCCCGGGUAUCAUUUUACCCUUAUAAUGGUCAGUCUGUGCCUUACUUAGUCUAACGAUCAUUUGGAAUAAAUCGAUGAAUGUGAACUUCAUUUCAUUUUGUCAUUUGUUUCUUCGUCAGUUUCAUUAGGUGACUUUAAUAACACUUAAAAAUCAAAUAUCCCCUACUUUUUUUGAAUAGUAUAUUAUAAAAUACAAACAGAUUUAUACACUAUAAUUAACGAGGCUUGGACAAAAGAAAGAUUAUCUGUUGAGAAUGAAUUAGUUGGCAGAGUACUGUGUGUAUCUGGGGAUGGAAGAUGUGACAGUCCAGGAUUCAGUGCAAAAUAUUGCACUUAUUCCCUGCUUGAUAGUGGUAGAGGAAAGUUAAUUAACUUCAGUGUUGUACAUGUUGGGCAAGUUGAACUGAAAUCCACAAACAUGGAGAAAGAAGGUCUAAGGCAAUGUUUGACAACACUGGACGAACGCUUGAAUAUUAAUGUAUUGGCAACAGACAGGCACAUACAGGUCGGAUGCAUGUUACGAAAGGAUUAUCCGAAUAUUAUCCAUCAGUAUGAUGUCUGGCAUGUAUCAAAAUCAUUAAUAAAAAAAUUAUCUGAGAAAGCCAAGUCCAAACAAAAUGAGCCCUUAAAACCGUGGAUUCAGUCGAUCCGAAAUCAUUUUUGGUGGUGUGUCACAACAUGUGACGGUAAUAUCAUUCUUUUGAAAGAAAAAUGGAUUUCUGUUCUAAAACACUGUUCUAACAUCCAUGAGUGGACAUCAAAUGAACAGUUUCAUCAGUGUGAACACCCAAAACUUUCAAAACAUGAAGAAGCCCAAAAAAUGUGGUUAAAACCUGGGUCUGCAGCAUUCCAAGUAUUACAAGACAUUGUUUUGGAUAAAUCAUUUUUGAAAGUUUUAGAAAAACUUACAUUAGCAUGUCACACUGGAGACCUUGAAGUUUAUCAUUCGAUGAUGCUAAAAUAUUGUCCAAAACGACAGCACUUUUCAUUUGAAGGUAUGGUUGCUCGGACCCAGCUUGCUGCUCUUGACCAUAACAAUGGGGUUGGCACGGAUCAAGCAAUAGCAUCCAGCGGACCCAAUGAAGGCACUUACAAAUACAAUCAAGUGUUCCCAAAACGAACGUCUGUCUGGGUGGCAAAGCCUAUCUUUGAAAAAAAGACCUAUGAUUUUAAGAUAGAUUUGAUGGCUAGAACUGUUGAGGUGAGAACUGCUGGAAUUGUAUUACCAAUAUUUAAUUUACCAGUUGUGCCAGAAAACAUUGCUUCUGUGCCUAAGCCGCCUAAGGAUGAAACUGUGAGGAAACACAGAUCGCGCAUGUCUAAAUCCAUUUUAGACGAGUCACCAGCCGUAUCAGAAUUAUUUUGUGAAUAGUUCACAAAAUACUGACAUUCUUGUUUAUAUAAAAGAUGAAGUUUGUUUGUUGAUUAUUUGUGGUUGAACAUAUAAGUUUAUUAUAAGUAAUUUAAUGAUUCUAUUUAAUUUGUAUUAUGAAAUCAUAAGGUCUGUUAUUGAGUCAAAUGGUGUGCUUUGGAUUCUCCACUUGUAAGUGACAUAAAUGUGACAUUUUUUUAUUAAGAUGCAUUAUGUAAGAUUUAGAUAAAGAGUUGGCCAUUCUCGGCUAUAAUGGUUUAAAAAUGAAUAUAUUGAAAAUUUGUCUAAUUACUGCAUUCUGGGCGCUGUUAUGACAAGAAAUAGUGUAGUCUUGAUUGCCAAGCACUAUAUUCACAAGAUAAAAAAAACAAGUCUCGGUUAUCUUCAAUAAAGGCAGCUAUCUAAAAACUUUAUUUUUAAAUGGUAGUAACAUAGUGAAUUUUAGAAAUUUAUUCUGCCCACUUAAAACCAGUAUAAUGACCAGUUGAAGAUGGGAAUAUUGUCCUUAUUUCAGCAACAACACAGGAUGGUAUUACUUUUCUGAUGUGUCUUCCCAAUCUUUGAUGUAUCCAAUAUAUGAACUGUCUAUAGGCUUGGUGUCGUAAAACGCUGAAAGAAAAAAAAAAAAAUAGGGGUUGUUACAUUUUAACUAGGGUAAUAAUACUAUUUGAAAAGGAAAGAUGUCUUUGUUAUCUGCUCUGCAUUGUGUAAUCAGAUCUAUAAUAUGCACUUAUGUCGUAGUUAUGUACAUACAUAUAUGUAUGAAUAAGUUUUAUGAAUAAGUUUGAAUUGAAGAUACAACUUUAAUACAUUUUUAGUAUUCUGUAUAAUAUGUAUAUACUUUUUCUUUUUACUAAAAUAACUUGUAUUGUAAUGUAAAUUGUUUUUUUUUUUCACACCUCAUUUGGUGUCACUUGUGUCAAAUGGGGUCUACCAACACAUUUUAUUUGUAUUUUAUUAGUAUUGUUCUGAUAAUCUCGUUUGUAUGCAAUAACGUACCUUUAUGAGAGUUUGUUGUAGAUAAAUCAUAUUUAUUUACAAAAGAAAAACAACCAACCACUGGUUUCCAAGCUGAUCUACUUCCAAUUUGUUUAUUUAUAACGUGUUUUUUGAUUGGCUAAAGAGUGUUUCCCGUACAUAUUGUCCAAUGAAAUGAUAGAACAGCAGCCAAAGUAUCUAUUUAUAGUAAUGUGAGAAAAUGUCGCCGAACUGUAACUCGGUAACUAUAAACUGAAAGUUAAAACUUACUCAUUUGAAAUCGGCUGGGCUUUGUCUCCUCGCACAUCAGCCCUAGCAAUAGCCGAAACUUUAAGGACUUUGGCAUUUAAGCAAACUGUACGAAAAUCCUCAUUUUCUAUUACACACAAGGUUGUAUGGGCGAGUCGGUGAGAAAUAACGUUGGUUUCCUUGCAGCACACACAUUCGUCUGACAAUGGCAUCGAAGAACAAUUAGUGCACAGAUACCAGUCUGUAUUUCCUACUCGAGUAUUAUUAUCAAUAACUUUGUCCUCCGAUGUAUCGGUAUCCGAAUCCGUUCGCAUUUCACCCGGAGAAUAUUCUGGCUCGAAUUGGUAAGGUGCUAUCAUAGCGGAGUUCCGAGCAGCCAUUACAAACAAUGCUGGAUACGGCUUUACUUUGUUCGCGAGUGACGUCAUAAUUCCAUCGCGUGAUAUUCCUGGUUUUCAAAAGAAGAGUUCUAUUUGGCAAUAUGGCGGCGCCCAUGGCUCUUACAAAUUGUUU